AGCUACGAAGCCGCCCAAAAUGCCGCUUCUUUAUGAUGAAAAAUUUGGAACAUAGAAAAAAGGACGGCUCAUGUGUCUCGCGCUAUCUCGUUUUUUACGGGAAAUUUCGAGACUUUCGCGGGUGCUUGUUUUUCGGGUGGGGUGGCCAUCGUCCGUGAAUAUUUGCAAUCCUUUGCGAUCCUGUUUUCAGAAUGUCUUUCCGAGGCAAUGAAUGCAGAAUUUACGUCGGGAACUUACCUCCGGACAUCAGAACCAAGGAUAUUGAGGACCUGUUCUACAAAUUCGGCAAAAUUACGUUCAUCGAUCUGAAGAAUCGCAGAGGUCCGCCAUUCGCUUUUGUUGAAUUCGAGGACCCAAGGGAUGCUGAGGACGCAGUUCACGCACGAGAUGGAUACGAUUACGACGGAUACCGGUUGCGUGUGGAGUUCCCGAGGGGUUCGGCCCCGGGAAGGGGCGGGAUGGGUCCCGGCCGCGGACGAGGACCUCCCGCCCGCAGGUCGCAGUAUCGCGUUCUCGUUUCAGGGUUGCCUCCCAGCGGGAGUUGGCAGGACCUGAAGGAUCACAUGAGGGAGGCAGGUGAUGUGUGCUAUGCCGACGUGUUCAAAGACGGCACUGGAGUGGUGGAGUUCUUGCGUUACGAGGACAUGAAGUAUGCCGUCAAGAAGCUGGACGACUCGCGGUUCCGCUCUCACGAGGGAGAGGUGUCAUACAUCCGGGUGCGGGAAGACUACUCCAGCCGCUCUCGCAGCCGGAGCCGCAGCUACUCUCCACGCCGCUCCAGGGGCUCCCCGACCUACUCGCCCGCCCGGCGCUCCGGCUCCCGGACUCCGUCGCGGUCGCGCUCCUGCUCCCACUCCAACUGAGCUCCGGCGGCCGGACUGUGGCCAGACAAAGCCAGAGUUGCUCUCAGGAUACGCCGGGACCGUGUGGGUUGUCGCACACGUGCCGGGCCCCAUCUUGUACACUUCCUCUUUUGUCCGUCUCUUUUAAGGCACCUUCGCACCAUACUCUUGCCACCUGCUCGGUUCUUGCCGAGGCUACCGUCUGGGAGGGUUGGGGUGGGUGGGGGCUCUUUGUACAGUUGAUUGGGUUAAGAGAUUGGGAACGGGACAAUCUGUUCUUCCCUACUGGCUUUCCCAUAAUUAUGUUUUACUUUGUCCUAACGUCUUAGGAUGCGCAAUGGUGCCAGCACAGCUGUUUGCUUAAAGCUAGUUCAAUCGACGGACGGAUGUCUCGGUGGUAAUUUUGCAAUUUGGCAAAGAUGCGAGGCCUCCCGAAAGUCGAGUGCGAGGGUGCCAAAGCACAUUGCUGUCUCCCAUUCGAGCGCGCUGCACCGGUGGCCGGGGUUGCUCAGCAGCGGUCGGCCCUUUUCGUUUUUGCAUUGUUUCGAAACUGUGCGGACUUCACCACAUCAUCCCUGGUGCUGGACUGUCUUUGUUUUCAUUAUGCCGGCAUAUUCUCGCGAGUCUUGUAUAAAUCAAGUUGUGGAGCUUGUGUAACAUUUCAGUUUACGUGGGCAUGUCUGAUUUCAUUGUUUGCCUUCUGGCACACGAGCACGGGCCUCUUUCACUUGGAUAGCACUUGAUCUCAUCCCCUCAUUUGAUAGAGAAGGCCGCCGGACAGCUUGGACCUUGUUUAGCACUCCACGCUCUUUAAGCCUCCAGUGUGUAGUAGGCGUUUGGGCGUUGGAGCUCACAAAGGUUCCCUUGCCUUCUUGUGCGACCGCAGUGUUUUGUGUUUGUCGAGCCCCUUUCUCUUGUGCAGUCGGUGGUCUUCUCCACUUGUCUAAUCCUGUUUGUCUGUCUAGAUUUGCCACAAUGGAGGGAUCGCACGCACGCUGAGGAAUAAAGUGGAGUUUUGUGUGACGGACGGACGGAUGCACGCACAGUGUGGAGGAACUAGUGGGAGGAGGAGGCACGCAUAGCGGCGCCCCGAGGAUUGGCACAAUGCGGAGAGGAGGGACAGCUUAGCUGUAGGGGAAGCAAGAGGACCACGCUGAGGGAGCAAGCGCCGGGGGAAGCAUAGCAUAGGCAAAGGAUGGCACCUCGGCGGCGCCCGGAUGAGCGGCACACGCAGGCGGGAGCCGGAGGUCAUCCGCUGUUCGGAUCCCCCUGUCCCAGGGUAGGCCUCUCCGGUUCUCACUCCACGAGUGUUUGCCGCGUUUCUCUCGCUCGCGCCUUUUUCUGUCGGGCUUUGCCGGGUCGGGUCCCCCGCAUGGGUGGCCCCAGUGUCGCCCGCGGUGCUUGCCGGCCCCGUUCCGAGGGUCCCUUGUUUUGUUUUGCUAAAGUCUGCUCGGGGCUUUUCUGUAAGUGCUAUCUCGUAGUGUGGGUCAAUAAAGUUUUGCUUAAAACAACUUC